AUGCAGGGUCGGGGCCGUCAGGUGCAGUGGCGGGUCGACCGGUGCAGUGGCGGGCCGGCAGGUGCAGCGGCGGGCCGGCAGGUGCAGCGGCGGGCCGGCAGGAGCAGGCGGCGGGCCGUAGGGUGCAGCGGCGGGCCGGCAGGUGCAGCGGCGGGGCCGUCAGGUGAGGCGGCGGGCCGGCAGGAGCAGCGGCGUGCCGAAGGGUGCAGCGGCGGGGCCGUCAGAAGCGGCGGGCCGCUGGGUGCAGCGGCGGGCCGGCAGGUGCAGCGGCGGGCCGGAAGGAGCGCAGCGGGGCCGUCAGGUGAGGCGGCGGGCCGGCAGGAGCAGCGGCGGGCCGAAGGGUGCAGCGGCGGGGCCGUCAGAAGCGGCGGGCCGCUGGGUGCAGCGGCGGGCCGGCAGGUGCAGCGGCGGGCCGGCAGGAGCAGCGGCGGGGCCGCGUCAGGGGAGGCGGCGAGGCCGCGUCAGGGGAGGCGGGCGGGGCCGCGUCAGGGGAGGCGGCGGGGGCCGCGUCAGGGGAGGCGGCGGGGCCGCGUCAGGGGAGGCGGCGAGGCCGCGUCAGGGGAGGCGGCGGGGCCGCUUCAAGUUGUGGUUGUGGCAUGA